GAGGUAGUAAAGAACAUGACAGCAAAGGCAAGAGAAAGCAGCUGCAUAUUGUUAACUCCAAGAGAGUAGUGAGGGAGCAGCCAAGACAAUCAUGCAUCCAAUUAAGAUGGUUCACUGGAAAGGUAGGACUCGGUAGUUUAUAGCCAGAGAGAGAGAGAGAGAAACAGAGAGAAACAGAGAGAGAGAAGAGGGCUAGCUUCUGGACAGGAGAAGAAGAGAGAGAGGACAAAGGGUGCUUGGGAGGAGGAUUGGCCAUUGAUCUCUUCCUCUUCCCAGUUAUAUUCUGGGCUAUCAGGCUUGAAUUGGAGCAAAGCUUUCCAUCUCAAUGAGCACACAGAGUGUAAUUGCUGUGAAACAGCCUCCAGUGCAGCACCUGCACUCAAUGGAAUCUCAAUGGAAUCUCAAUGAUGCUCACACCUGCAGUGCUAAACAGCCUCCAGUUCAUCGAAUGUUCAGUGUCAUAUCUGAUGACUGUGCUUCAACAAGCGAUGCUCGGUCAUCAUGCACUACGCAAUUCUCAACCAUUAAGACAGAACUGAUCCGUUCAUCGAGCAUGACAAAGAUACUCCCAUUUGAGCUUCAGAAAUGCAGCACUACUGACUUCAAUCCCGGAAGAUCAUUUUCUCAUGUCUCGCAAACUGACUUAUCGGACCCAAUUUUAUCGAGUUCUUCCACGUUCUGCACAAGUUUGUACUCAUCGUUGUCUACAAACUCCAAAUGCCGGGAAACCGGUGCUUUGCCUUUCCUGCCUCAUCCUCGUAAACUUGAGCAGCAGCACUCUUCAGCUGGGCAGUCACCCAACUCUUCUUUGCUGCUUGCUGCUGAUCCCAGCAAUAGUGGUCAUGGUGAUGCUGAACAUUCAGAUGAUCUCAAGGACUUCCUUAACCUAUCCGGAGACGCUUCGGGCAGUGGCUUCCAUGAAGGAAUUAGCAAUUGCAUGGAUUUCAAUGAGCAGAUGGAGUUUCAAUUCUUGUCUGAACAGCUUGGAAUCGCCAUCACCGACAAUGAGGAGAUCCCUCGGCUAGACGACAUCUAUGGCAGACCACAGCAACCCUUGGCUCUUCCCUUAUCGUCUUCCUCUGACCAGGAGGAUGGACGCGAUGCCGGUUCUCCGGUUAAAGUUCAGUUGAGCUCAUCAUCUUCAUCUGGAGCUGCAGGAUGUAACAAAACAAGAAUGAGGUGGACACUAGAGCUCCAUGAGCGUUUUGUGGAGGCUCUGAAAAAGCUUGGAGGGCCAGAAAAAGCAACCCCCAAGGGUGUCCUGAAGCUCAUGAAGGUAGAAGGCUUGACCAUCUAUCAUGUAAAGAGUCAUUUGCAGAAAUAUCGACUUGCAAAAUAUAUUCCGGAGAAAAAAGAAGAGAAGAAACCCUCUUCGGAAGAUAAAAAGGCACAGUCAACAGCUGAUGGAAUAGAUCCAGCAAAAAAGAAGAGUUUGCAAAUGGCCGAGGCUCUGCGCAUGCAAAUUGAGGUUCAGAAACAGCUUCAUGAGCAAUUAGAGGUACAAAGAGAACUACAGCUGCGCAUAGAGGAGCACGCAAGAUAUUUGCAGCUAAUACUUGAGCAACAGAAGGUCAGGAAGUGCCCGUCCUCAAUGAAAAGUUCAAUGGAAGGAGAAUCGUCGGGAUCGAAACCGAAGGAGAAAACAGAGAUGAGAGCAGAAACCCCUUCAGCUCCAUCACCGAAGCGUAAAUUUCCGGACAUCGACAUCGAGCACAACCAGCAAACGGACAACUGAAGAGCAGAGCUCCAGGUUGAUCUAGAAGGCGAGCCAUGAUGAACAAUCUCGUUGUAUAUAUGCUUUAAUUGUUUUUUCUUGCCUUGUAGAAGUAGGAUCUUGGUGCUUGCCCUUGUGUAUAUACUAUACUAGCUUGGCUUGUUUUCUUCUGAUGUGCCUUAUGGCAAUGUAACUGUCUAACUGAUUAAUUUUCAGUUGAAAAAUGGUGUAGCCAAUGAUCCUGAUUUCUAACUUCAGUUCAGAAGUAA